ACCGAGAACACAUUGGUCUCUGUUCACGAGGAUUGUCUGGGAUUGCUGAUCGAGGCCACCUGUUUGUACAACUUCCCCAUCUGCCUCCCGUCACAUGAAUCAACUGUAAAGUCUGCCCCCUUCGACGUUGAUGUCAAACCGCGCUCCUCUUCUAGCUCUGGCUCCUCCUCACAAACCUCUGCUUAUUCUUCUUCAUCCUCCUCCUCUUCUGCUGCUGCUGCUUCUCCCUCCUCGUCUUCUUCUAACUCCCACUCUUCUGCUUCCUUGGCAUCCCAGCCUGGACUCGGCAGAUCUGAAUCUUUGGUCUCCGGUUCCGAAGCCGUCCAGUUGUCCAGUUCCAGAGAACCAAGCGACAGACUCGAUGUGGCCCAUGAAAGCAUGGGUGGUCUUGCAGGCUCUUCCGCAUCCGUGGUUGACGUAGUGGGAGACCGCUCCUUAUCGGCCGAAAAGGUCGCCAAAUUGGGCGACAAUAGCGGAGGAGCCGGAAGUUCAGGCGAAUCUGUUGGACUGCAACUGCGGCCUAAUCGUUUGUGCCGGGCUGAUUGUCUCAAGGUGACUCAAGGUCGGUGCAGUGACACCUACCGAAUGCUGCACAGAAAGCUCUUUGGUGAAGGUAAGCUUCAUUUUGUCUUCAGUCUUCGUUGGAAGCAAAGUUAA